UACGGGGUAACGGUGAGUCCAGUCGCUCCCUAGGUUCAAGACGCUUCCCAGACUGACCCUUGCAAGUCUUCCAAGAUUUUCCUCAAUCUCAAGGAAGUCGGCUUGCAGACGCGCAUGCCCCUCUCGAUGUCGGACAACUUCGCUGGCACACAGUCGAUGCCCCGUUUCCGCAUUCUCGACGCUAAACAGAUAGUUCAUCAAUGAGUUUGUGUAUUGUUGUAUUUACCACAACGGCGGUGUACUAUGUGAUAUGUGCGCCCUGGCCGUUCCAAUAUGGGGUGUCGCUCAGGAUUGUCUUGCAGCACUCUUUGGUGCACCUCGCGAUGGAUGUGCGAGGAGGAAACAAGGGGUAUGACCCUGCCGCGAAUAAAAACGUCUCGAGUUCGUCGGUAUGUUCGAGGGGUGUGUUGUCAUAGGAGAGCGGGGACCAGCAAGACAAUGGCGACGCACGUAUGAACCAUGCCUCCUCCGCAUAGCAUGCGCAACGACGCCCGACCGCA